AUGUCGGCCACACGCGUCACCGUCGCGCUGAACGCGAAGCAAUCGCAGAUGGCUCCACUCCUGGUUCCCGCCUCUGCAUCGAUUGAUCCUGUAGAUGCGUCUUCAAUCCGUGCCCUGGUCUUCAAAACCACACAGUCAAAGCUUCGUCUCCAGAAGCCUGCGCGCCUCUUUGUAGGCGGAACAGGGCAAGAGCUGCUCACCAAAGAAGACUGGGAAGAGAACAUCAAAAAUGACAUUGUGCUGCUUGUUUCUGCCGGGGAGGAACAUGUUGGUGUGGAGAGGGCGUUUAACGUGCAAGACGCAAAUCCUAGGUGUUCCGUCGAAGUCCUCGCCUCGAAGGCACCGCUUGAGGGGGACUGUAUAACACAGCUUGUGGGUACCGCGCGCAUGCUUCCAGGUAUCGUUCGUGCAGUUGGCCAGCCAGAUCUCCAUCAAGGCAAUAAAUUUCCUAUCGGCGCUGUGUUUGUUUCGAAGAAAUGGAUACAUCCACUGUUGAUCGGAUCGGACAUUGGAUGCGGAAUGGCAUGGUAUAAGACUACUCUUCCAAGAAAACAUGUUAAUGGUGACAAAGGCAAGAAAGUUGCUGAGAAGCUGCGGAGUCUGGAAGGAACAUGGCUUACGCAGACAGACCGGACUUGUGGCUCUAAGAUGAACAAAGCAGUUGCUCGGCGGGCGAGGAGUGGGUCGGCGCACUUGGGGCUAUCAGAGCUGGCAACCAUUUCGCGGAGAUUCAGACGACAUCGUUCUCUUGGUGCAUUCGGGUUCGACGACAUCGAUUCAACCAAGAAGGCGUUACAGCAAAGGAAGGUCGUCGAUAUCUGGCACAACAAUAUCGAGCGCGUUCUCUGGCCCCCGUCUUCACCGCCUUCGUUGACCCAAGACGACACGACAUCACCUUUAGCGCUGGCCGAAGUGACCACCGGCCUUUCUCCCAAUAACGAUACGCCCACACAAGACUACGUCUACAUGCACCGCAAAGGCGCAGCACCCACCUACGACCCCUCCACCCAACUCCCCCUCACCAUCCUCCCUCUCCCCGGCUCCCGCGGAACGCCAACUCUCACCCUCCAACCCACUUUCUCUGCUCACACAUCUUGGGGUCUCAAAAAUACUCUUUCUCUCGCUCGCGUCGCUGGUCGCGCCAUGUCUCGUGCAAAGGCUCUCUCUGCCUUAUCGCAGAAGUACAAGGGUCAGAACAUCUUAGAGCCCGGGUCUUCAGACAUCGACGGCACGUGGGUGAUAUGCGACGAGAAGGAUCUUGUGUGGGAGGAGGCGCCAGAGGCGUAUAAAGAUGUUGAGGUUGUUGGACAGGAUCUGGUAGACGCUGGGGUUGCGAGGGCGGUGGGGAAGUGUAGAGCAAGGAUUAGCUACAAGGUCCGAAUUGAGGGGCGGUGA